ACGGCAGGUGAAAACAUCGUUUUUUCAUGCAGUGGUCAAUUUUGAGAUUUUGGGCCAGUUUGCUCCCUUAACAUGUAAGCUUUCAUGUCAAAAUAAAAAAUAUGUCAACAUUACACAUUAAGGUGAUUAUUUCAUUAUAUUUUGUCAACUUGCGCCUUUAGAUUUCUAUCGGGAAUCACCAAAAGUUAGCAUUCUAACGCGAGCUCCCGUGCCGUCUCCAUUCACAGAAACAUGUCAUGCCUGGUAUCAUUGUAAAGCUCUCAGUCUCAUUAACAGCGCUGUCUAAUCCAAAUAUGGGCAUUUCCUUUGUAGAAAUAACCAACCGCAAAAGUUUUCCGGGGAAUCUACAGCCGAAAACCACAUCUGAUUGGUCAAUGUGAAUUUCCGACUACGUGAUUGAUGCUCAGGCGUCACGCUUCCUUGUUUAUUCUGCACCUGAGAGAAAAUGCCGACAACACCGAAAUCAGCUCAUAAAGUUUCACAGAAAAGACGGCAACAGCUGUCACUUGCAAGAGCUAGUAAAACGAAAGUAAACAACACAUUAGACGAUGAAACCCCAUCAGCCAGUGCCUCAUCGCGUAAGCUUUCAUUUGGAAAGGGAAAGAGAGAGUCUGUUGAAGGGAAUGACAGCCGCGCCACACCGGAAUGGCUCAUAAUUCACGUCGCACGAUUGAAUGAAUUAGUUAGUGGUUUGUGUUGUCCUAACUGUGCCGGAUCAGGGCUGAAAAUUAACAUCGUUCCACAGAAUCAUGGGUUCUGUAGCAGUGUGUUGCUGGAGUGUAGUCUGUGUGAGAGAGAUAGGUACUGCAGAAGUGUUUACACAUCUACGCGUCUGCAAGACGAGUCCAGGAACGACGUUGCAUUUGAUGUGAAUGUGCGGAUGGUGCUCUUAGCACAUGAAUUAGGAAUGGGGUAUGCAGCUCUCAAAAAAAUCAGCAAGGUGUUGGGGAUACCUUCCCUUCACCUUAAGACUUAUCAGAGACACAACAGAAAAGUGACAGUUGCAGAAAUUGAGAGAGGCUUGGGGUCAUUGCACAGGGCCAGGGAGCAGAUCAGGCAGGCUUAUGCUGAGGUUGAUGCAGAUGUGGCAAGGUUACUGAUGGAGGAUGAAGAUGCAGUUAUAAACAUCAGCGUGUCUUUUGAUGGAACCUGGCAUAAAAGAGGUUUCACUUCAAAUUAUGGCAUCGGUGUGUGCAUUGACGUCCUUACAGGUCUAGUAAUAGACUUUGAGGUCUUGUCCUCCUACUGUCAUGCAUGUGCCUUAAAGAAUAGUGCCAAGCGAGAAGGAAAAAUAACAGACCAGGAAUUUGAAAGCUGGAGGGAGGCACACACUGACUGUGCUAAAAAUUUUGCAGGUUCAAGUAAAGCAAUGGAGCAGGAGGCAGCUAAGAGGAUGUGGGCCAGGUCAGUCAGUCGUCACCAGGUGCGAUAUACUGAGAUGCUGUCAGAUGGAGAUAGUGCUGCAUUUAAGGAGGUGGUUGCCCUCAACCCAUACCCUGGACAUGAAAUUGUGAAAUUGGAGUGCAUAAAUCAUGCCCAUAAGCGCAUGGGUACAGCACUUAGGAAACUAAGUAAAUUAGGUCAAUUAGGGGGCAAGGGUCUGGGCAAGCUGACUGCCCCUAAAUGUAAAGCCUUGCAACAUUUUUACAGGGGGGCUAUUAUUAAUAACCAGGGCUCCAUAGAUAAAAUGAAAGCUGAGAUCUGGGCAGGUCUCCUUCACAACAUGUCUAGUGAUGACAAUCCAUUACAUACGAGGUGCAGUCCAUUGUGGUGUUGGUACAGGAGAGCAGAGGAGAAUGGAGAAACACCAGAGUCCCACAAGCAUCACACUAAAAACUUUCUGUCACGUGAAGUGGGAAAGAAGCUUAUCCCUGUGUAUCACCGAAUGUCCAGUGACAGUCUGCUACAGCGCAUGCAGCAUGGAGGCACUCAAAAUGCAAAUGAGUGCCUCAACUCUGUCAUAUGGGCCCGAUGUCCGAAAACAGUAUUUGUGGGGAAAAGCAGGGUUGAGGCUGCAGCCAGUAUGGCUAUUGCCACUUUUAAUGAAGGUGCCUCUGUCAUGGAUAAGUUGUGGCUUCAGUGUACAGUUAUCAAUGUAAAUACAUGCAGUUACACUGACAUGGUUAGACUUUCAAAAGCGAACAUUUUUCAGUCCACCCGUGUGAAACGCAGGCGCCUAAGCGUAAGCUCAGCCAAAAAGGUGAAAAGACACCGACAGGAGAACGAAGAGGGGCCUACAUAUGGUGCAGGCAUGGACAUUUAG